GAUGUUUCAUUCCUUUUAUCUUAUGUAUUUCUACAUGUAUUUCUAGAAAUAUAAACUAUUUAACUCAGUUACACAUUUAACGCGGUAUCAUCAGAGUUAUUGCGGUGUAGUGCAUCAUACAACGCUGAAAAAAUCAAAAUUGCAAUAUCGAAACUUGUAUAAUUGUAAAUCACACAUCUGUAAUUUUGAGAUAAUGUUUCGCUUUCUUAACUCCUUUUAAUAUUAACCACGAACUUGCCGGGAUGGCGAGCACUAUGGAGCAAAAAUUGUUCUAUAAUACUGUGUUAUCGCAAACAUUUUCUCCUGAUGGGAAUUACUUAAUGACUGGCAAUAUUUAUGGGGAUGUGUCAGUAUUUGAUCUGCCAAGAGCCUUAGGACCUAACAAAAUAGAAGAAAAUGAAUUACAAGGACCAACUUAUCGUUUUGCUGCACAUCCUGAUCAACAGGUUGCUUGUAUGUUGUCCACAGAAGAUUUUUUCAUAACAGGAACAUGUGGUGAGAUAUCAGGAUGGGAUUGGAAGAUGGUGACUUCUAGCAAAGCUCCCAACAGUAAAAUUUCGUGGAACAUACAAAUUCCAACUAACAAAGAUAGUUAUGAGAAGCCAGAUGUAAAUUACAUGGUAUAUUCAAAGACAAAUAAAUUAUUAUAUGCUGGCUGUGGAGAUAAUAAUAUAUACAUCAUAAACUUAGAAGAUGGAAGGAUUUUGAGGGAUAUGCAAGGCCAUACAGAUUAUAUUCACUGCCUUGCCAUAAUUACUAUAAAUUUCAGGGGUAAUCAGCUUGCAUCCUGCAGCGAGGAUGGCUCUGUGAGAUUAUGGGAUUUGCGUAAAAAAGAGAAUACCAACAUAUUGACACCUCAUUUAAUAGACAAAGUUGCCCGACCACGAUUAGGAAAAUGGAUAGGUGCGGUGGAUUUUACUGAAGAUUGGUUGCUAUGCGGAGGUGGACCCAGCUUGUCUUUGUGGCAUAUGCGCACCAUGGAAGCCGCGACAAUCUUUGAUUUGACUGAUCAAGGUAUUCAUGUAGCAGAGAUCUAUGAGGAACGUGUGAUUGCGGCUGGUGCGGCCUCCUAUAUCUAUCAUAUAACAUACCAGGGUGAAACCCUGGCAAAGGUGCCCACGUCUAGCAAUACUGUCUACAGCGUCGUGUAUCAGGAAUUGCCACAAAAAGUGCUAAGUGCAGCUGGCUCCUCGAAUUACCUCGAUCUCUGUACGAAUUUCAAUUACCGCGAGAUGGUACUCAAGUUCGCGUGAUGGAUGGAGUGAAUAAAACAACAAAUCAGAGGAAACCAUGGCCAGCGACGACUGCCGGAAUAAAGCCUUCCCUGCCGUCUCUGGAGCGCACCCAGAACCAGUCACUCACAUGAUCGCUCAAUAAGGCAACCACGUCGCCCUUGGACACCGUCAGUGCGUUGCCGCCGCGUGCCUCGUAGUCGCUCCUAAUCACCAGCAACGUGUGCCUCGAUCCCUUAGUACGCGCGUUCGCCGCUGCUCUCAGGUACAACCGGUCGACGCUGCGCUCGCCGCACGCUGACACUGCGUCCCUCGAACUCCGCCGAACUCUGCCGCUGCGACCGCGAGCUCCUCCGCAUUCUGACCGAGUGUCUCGAAGUUUCUCCGUAUCUGUCAUGUUUCCUAAAAGUUGAAGGACUGACUAGUACGAUGAUCUUAUCGAUUGUAAAAUAACAAAGUUGACCCGGAAGGAUACAGAUUACGCGCGCGUACACGUAGUAUUAAGAUAUUUCUACAUAUGAGUUGAUAUAGGCGAACUUUCCAAUGCUCGAAAUUUGAUUUUACCAAGCAAGAUAAGCUAGAUCAAUCAGAACUAGCUUUACGCACUAUGUAUUAUAAUGAUACAAGGAAUAAAGGAUGUUUUCAAGGA